GGUCAAGAUGCGCUUUGCCUUCCGCGCUUAACUACCGUACGACUGCCGAGGUGGCGAGCAGAAUGCGAGCCUCGUUUCGGCAUACCUGAUUAUCGCACCGUCGCUUGGGCACCUUGCUGAAUUUAGGCGCUGCCUUCUCGCACAGAUCACACACGUACGAAGUUCAGAGCGGUUGGAGAGUCUUGUGUGGCAUUGUCAGCCCAGUCCUAGAACACGUGGCACCUGGUCGCCUGCUUGCGCAAACUACAUUUAAUAGAACGGCAAUUGACCUUUUUUUAGAUAGCGAAUUAACCUCUGAUCGUCAAAGAAAAUGGUCCUCGGCCAACUGUUCAGCCCGCAGACGCAGGCUAUCUUCUUCAACUGGAAGGAGAAGCCCGUCCAGCGCAUGCUCGACUUUGACUUCGUUUGCGGUCGCACAACGCCCUCAGUUGCCGCCAUUGUUCAGCCUGGCAGCUCAGGCGGCUUCCAAAAGGUCUUUUUCGGAAGGGAGGAGAUAGCGAUUCCCGUAUACGGCAGCACCGCCGAGGCCACCCGCAAGCACCCCAGGGCGGAUGUGUUCAUCAACUACGCUUCCUUCCGCAGCGCCUACGACUCCUCCCUGGAGGCCCUCCGCUGCGCCACGCUGCGUGUGAUCGCCAUCAUCGCGGAGGGGGUGCCGGAGCGGGACACCAAGCGGCUCAUUGCGGAGGCGCGGGCUGCCAACAAGGUCAUCAUUGGGCCCGCGACGGUGGGGGGAGUGCAGGCGGGCGCCUUCAAGAUCGGCGACACCGCCGGCACGCUGGACAACAUCGUGGCCUGCCGCCUGCACCGGCCCGGCUCCGUGGGCUUCGUGAGCAAGAGCGGCGGCAUGAGCAACGAGAUGUACAACGUGCUGGCGCGCGCCACGGACGGACUGUACGAGGGCAUUGCCAUCGGCGGAGACACCUUCCCCGGCUCCUCCCUGUCUGACCACUGCCUCAGAUACGAGCACAUCCCCUCCGUGAAGCUGAUUGUGGUGCUGGGCGAGCUGGGCGGGCGGGACGAGUACGGGCUGGUGGAGGCGAUGAGGGCGGGGGCGGUCAGCAAGCCGGUGGUGGCGUGGGUGUCCGGCACGUGCGCCAAGCUGUUCAAGAGCGAGGUGCAGUUCGGUCAUGCGGGCGCGCGGAGCGGGGGCGACAUGGAGAGCGCGCAGGCCAAGAACGCCGCCCUGCGCGAUGCGGGUGCUGUGGUGCCCGACUCGUUCGAGGGACUGGAGGAGGCAAUCAGGAGCACCUACCAGCGGCUGGUGUCCAGUGGCCAGCUGGUGCCCGCCCCGGACACACCCGCACCCGCACUGCCGCAGGACCUGGCGGCGGCGGUGGCGGCGGGGAAGGUUCGUGUGCCCACUCAUGUGGUGUCCUCCAUCUGCGACGACCGCGGCGAGGAGCCCACGUACGCGGGGGUCAGCAUGAGCGAGCUGAUGGAGCGGGAGUACGGCGUGGGGGAUGUGAUCGCACUGCUGUGGUUCAAGCGGCACCUGCCCAAGUACGCAACCAAGUUCAUCGAGAUGUGUGUGAUGCUGUGUGCCGACCACGGCCCAUGCGUGUCGGGCGCGCACAACACCAUCGUCACCUCGCGCGCCGGCAAGGACGUUGUGAGCAGCCUGGUGGCGGGGCUGCUGACCAUCGGGCCGCGGUUCGGGGGGGCCAUUGACGACGCGGCGAGGCUGUUCAAGGCCGCCUGCGACGCCGACGACUCCCCCGCCGACUUCGUGGAGGGUCUCAAGCGGCGGGGGGUGCGUGUGUCGGGAAUUGGGCACCGCAUCAAGUCCAAGGACAACAGAGACAAGCGGGUGGCGCUGCUGCAGGAGUAUGCGAGGAAGUUCUUCCCCUCCACCCGCUACCUGGACUAUGCGGUGGCGGUGGAGGCGUACACGCUGCAGAAGGCACCCAACCUGGUCCUCAACGUGGACGGCGCCAUCGCCGCCAUCUUCCUGGACCUGCUGGCCGCCUCGGGCGCAUUCAGCCCGGCGGAGGCGGAGCAGAUCGUCAACAUUGGCUACCUCAAUGCGCUGUUCGUGGUGGCUCGCUCCAUCGGCCUGGUGGGGCACGCGCUGGACCAGCGGCGCCUGCAGCAGCCGCUGUACCGCCACCCCUGGGAGGACGUGCUGUACACCAGCUGAGGAGGGGGGGGGGCGGGUGAAGAGGAGGAAGCUGAUGAGAGCUGUAUGAUGGGGGGAGGGGCUGCUGCUCCAUGGUACCCGGCCCAUCCCGUCCUGCCGCGGCAGGGGGGGAAAGAGAAAGAGGAAGAAAGGAGAGAGGGGAAAAAAUUAUAUAAGAAAUGCAAACAACUGAAGUCAAGGGGAAAGUAAAGGGGAAGGCAAGGGGAAGCAGCAGGCGUUGUGGCGCGGUUGAUUGGCGCCUCGUUGGUGCCUCUCGUUGGCGGGGUGGUUGGUGGGGGGGUGCGGGCAGGAGCCCUUGCUCUGCGGGGGAAGCAGGGGGGUCAUCGGGUCCGCGGAGGCGGGGAAGGGGAUUACUGGGGAUGUACGGAAACGGUAGGGGCGGGGGAUUCGCUGCGGCCUUGGCUAGGUAUGAGGUGGUAAGCGAGAGUUUUCUCCUUGCUUGUGUUCCACAUCAACUGGGCCGAGCUCUUCUGGUAUGUGUAUAUGUUGAAGGACCAUGAUGAGCGUGUCUGCUUCAGGGCCGUACCCCGCACAUGUGUGGCAGUACCGGUAGUUAGUCACUUGAAACCUCUUGAAGCGGUGCCCCGUGGUCGCUAGUUGGGAGCGUAAUAUUGCUGCGCCUCGCAGGUUUUCUUCAGGACUUCACCCAUGUAUUGCUGUAUUGCUAUUGCCCUCGAUUUGUCAGCAAUUUCCUCGGGAGCAACGGCUGUUGGAGGGUGCUGCAAUCACAGCGCUCUUCCUUACGACGGUGGGACGUCGAAGGCUGUGUACAUCUGAUUGGAUAGGACAUUGAUAGGAUACCUCGCAGUACUUGUAUGUAAAGUGUGCGAGGAAGGGGUUUCGACAUGCGUCCUCGUUGGCAGGCUGGCCGGAGCCAGUUUGGUGCCGCAAAUCGAAUAUGCAAUUAUUUGUAAAAGCCGACGCGGACUUUAUUCGUAUCUUGCCUUGCCCCCCAGGGAACGCAAGCGACCCGGUAGAGGAUGGGGCAGUGAAGCCCCGAAAACCAUGAGUGUCAGUUACGGUUUCUAAUCUGGGACAAGCGCAAGUGCUCAAGGAGUUACCGGCGAACUUCCAAACAAUCAGGCAAAAUGAAGCAAGUUGCCGCGGGGAGGGAGCAAAGGCGACACACUUCGACACACGGGCAUGAGUUGCAAUUCCCGGCACCACGAGAACCUGUUCCCAAACACCAUAUGCAACUAUCCAUAUUAGCGUGUGUUAUAAUUGCGUGCCUUCCCGCAUCACAUCGCAUGUCCCUGCGGCACGGGGUGUUGUGGACCACCCGUACGGCACAUGUUCAUACUUGGACGAAUACUUUCCUGCUGCACAUUAGCAAUUUUCAAUUCGAACCAGUGAUAAUUGCUCAUUGUAAUGCAGAUACGCUUGCUUGGAAGGUCUUCAUUCUGAGAAAAUCUCAUGCCGCAAGAGUAGUACACAAACCUAAAGACACGACUUUUGACGUUCUCGUGCGCCGUGUAUAUUUGUAAGGAAAAUCCUAGACUGACACUACGUAGCGGCUAGAUUCAUCUGCUGCUGUGCGAGAACCGGAGCAAUGAGCUGGAACUCCAGCCCACAGGGGCGUGUUUCUAUCGGACACAGUUUAAAUGGACGCAAUGAAGUCCAUCAGGACGACGCACAGCAUGAAGCAAGGCUGCUAAUGAAGUUUAGCUUGAAGCGACAGGAGCAGAGCGACCAGCAAACCGUUUUCCUUCUCAACUUGCUCCAAGAGCACCGGCAUGAAAUUGAGGCUCGUGACGAGCUCAUGCGCGAGUCAACGCACGUUAUAAGUAGGCUACAAGCUGAACUUCAGGCGGUAAAGCAGCAGUUACACGAGAAAGAUGUGCAGCUCCUUGCCGUUGAUGCCAGCGCACCCUGCAUUGGAGCUGGAGGGUCGCCAUGCGCCUUGGCGCGGGAACAUGUAGCCAGCCCAGCUGGGCACACGAAGACACCUUCAGGCGGCGAUGUAUUACCGCUUACAGAAAACGUUGUUCCCAGCUCCCCAGCUAGCACGGAGUUCUCCCAGCCCUCAACGCCGCCGCAGCCACAGCGCAGUCAACCAUCUUCCCCAAGCCGCACUUCCCCUGGCUCAUGCUGCACAACACCGCAGACGCCGCAAGAGCUGCAGACGACGUGUUUACAACUGCAACGACGCCUGGACGAGCAGCGAGAACAGUGGUUGAUAGACCAGCAGCACAUGCAGCAGCAGCACAUGCAGCAGCUGGACGAGGCUCGGCAACAGCACCACCAGAUCCUUGAGGACCGCUCCCGGCAGCAAGCCCGCAUCGACACCCUCACCUCCGAAGUCGCCGCCCUGCGCGCCCAGCUGGCAAACGCACAAACCGCAGCCAGCAGCGCCCUCUCCGACUACCGUACCUGCCGUACAGACCUCGACAUCCUCACCCGCAAGUACGACAGCCUCAUGCGGCAGAAGCUGGAGGUGGAGGAGCAGCGUGACAAGCUGUUCGACCCCAAGGUCGACAUCUCGCUGGUGCGGGCGGCCAUGCCGGCGGUGGAUGGCGCCCUGGGUGCGCUGGAGCAGCGGCUGGGUGCGGCCGCGGAGCUGCUGGUGAUCAGUCGCAGGGAGGCGGAGGACGCGGCGCGGGUGCAGAACCAGCAGCGGCGCAAGUGGAUCUGCAAGCUGGAGGCGAU